UGCCCUACUCCUCCUCCUUCAGCCCAGAGCCCUGCUUUGCUCGCCCUCUCCUUUGCGUGUGGGCUCUGUGGCUGUGGGGCUAAGUGGGCAUCAUGGCUGCUCAGAAUGACCUCUGCGAUGCCAUUGUGAUCGGGGCUGGCAUCCAGGGCUGCUUCACUGCAUACCACCUGGCCAAACACGGGAAGCGAGUUCUCCUGCUGGAGCAGUUCUUUCUACCACACUCCCGAGGAAGCUCCCACGGGCAGAGCCGGAUAAUCCGAAGGGCAUACCCUGAAGAGUUUUACACCCAGAUGAUGGAUGAGUGCUACCAGAUAUGGGCCCAGCUGGAGCACGAAGCUGGAACCCAAUUAUACAGGCAGACUGGACUACUACUGCUGGGAGUAAAGGAGAAUCAAGAAUUAAAGACAACCCAAGCAACUCUGUCUAGGUUGGGGGUGAAACACCAGUGUCUUUCAUCUGAAGAACUGAAGCAACAUUUCCCCAACAUUCGGCUGGCCAAGGGAGAAGUGGGACUCUUGGAAGAGUCGGGAGGAGUUCUCUAUGCAGCCAAGGCCCUCAGAGUCCUUCAGGAUGCCAUUCGACAGCUAGGAGGCAAAGUGUGUGAUGGAGAGAAGGUGAUGGAGAUAAAACCAGGGCUACCGAUCAUAGUGAAAACCACCUGUAAGAGUUACCAAGCCAACAGCUUGGUCAUCACAGCAGGUCCUUGGACCAACAGGCUCCUCCGUCCGCUGGGACUUGAGCUGCCUCUCCAGACCCUGCGGAUCAAUGUGUGUUACUGGCGCGAGAAGGUUCCCGGAAGCUACGGGGUGUCCCAGGCCUUUCCAUGCUUCCUGGGCCUGGACCUCAGCCUGGCUCCCCACCACAUCUAUGGGCUGCCCUCUGGAGAAUACCCAGGGCUGAUGAAGGUCUGCUAUCACCACGGCAACAGCGCGGAUCCCGAGGAGCGGGACUGCCCCGCAGCAUUCUCAGACAUCCAGGACGUGCAGAUCCUGAGCCGCUUUGUCAGAGACCACUUACCUGACCUGGAGCCGGGGCCUGCCGUGGUGGAGCAUUGCAUGUACACGGACACCCCUGACAAACACUUCAUUCUUGAUCGACACCCGAAGUAUGACAACAUUAUCAUUGGUGCUGGAUUCUCGGGGCAUGGAUUCAAGCUGUCCCCUGUUGUGGGCAAGAUCCUGUAUGAAUUAAGCAUGAAGUUGACACCAUCCUAUGACUUGACACCUUUUCGAAUCAGCCGCUUCCCUGGCCUGGGCAAAGCUCACCUUUGACCCAGACAUCCAAGACGUCCGGCAGCCUUUCCUUUGAGCACAGAUGGUCAAUCAAAUAUUCUAUCAUCACGGAGUAGCCAGGACCUUUGAGAGCAUGUCUGUUUGUACAACGAGGGGCACAAGGACCUGGGCAGGAGACCAAAGUGGUUGUUAAAAUUCUCUUUGCUGGGGCAUUUGAUGAAUUGGAGAUAGAUUUGACUAAGGCUGCCCAGCGGAGGGUAAACAAGGUGAUUUGUAGAGGACUACUGCCCUUGAAGUUCCCUUUCCUUGGAACUAGAGCCACCCUCCAUCACAAGCUCUGCUAAAACCUGGCUCAUCGUGGGUGCACCAUGAAUGUUUGUGGGAAAAAAUGUGUUGAAUUGACAAAUAA